AAUGGAAACAGCAUUCUCUACGGCGACUUCUCAUAUUUAAAUUCUUUAAAAUCAGAAGGGACGACGUAAAGCUCAAGAGGGACCCGGAGCAAUUAAUGCCGAUUCUCUUUUCUAACGCUUUUGUUCUUCUAACCUGAACAACAAUGUUGUGCUCAUGAAAUCAACCGCCUAAGUAACGGCCUUUCCUAGGCCACUUGCACUCACGAAAGACGUGCAGACGAAUAUUUGAUGAGGCUGGAAUCGCAGCCAUUCCACAUUUCUAUCAACUGGCUGAUAAAAAAAGUUACGGAAUUAUGUCGCGAUUUCUGAAUCCGGCCAAAAUUGGCCUACUUGCUCUCAUCGAGUUAUACACGAAUAAAGCUGUCCCUACGGCUUCGAUUGUAGAUGUGUUAUCAUUUAUAACUUCCCACUUGCUCGAUACCGCCCCGACCCCAUACUCCAACCCAGAAAGUCGAUGGAAGCAAGCAGAAUCUACUGUCAGCAUAGUCAUAUCUAUUGGAGAUUUCGAAAAGGUCCUGGCACCACAUACGGCUGCGUCUAGCAUGCCCGGUCGGAGUUUGUGGUAUGCAUUCCUGGAUAGGCUAUGGAAAAUCGAUUCGCUGGACGCCUUACAUGAAUUCUUCGAUCAAUAUUCAAGCUUAUUAGCAAAGACGAAGGAUGAACUCCGCCAGGAUGCUGAAGCAGGAAUACCACCCCCGAACCCCGAACUCGUGUUACUCUCUCGCAACUCCCCAUUCGGCGCUUUUGUACGCAGAUCACAACUUGAAUUCACACGACUACGUUUUCAUGAUGCAUUCGAGCUAUGGAAGGACUUUGUAAAGUAUCGCCAAACCACGGCAACAUAUUACCGAAAAAAGACACCGUCGUUUCAAAGACUCAGUUUCGAUCGUGUCCUUUUGAGUGGGGAGGAUACAUGGGGGUCUGGUGUGGAGGCGAUUGCUUCUGUAACAUAUGGCGAUAUGCUUAGAGAUGAUCCGAACUCGACCCUACCUGUCAGUACUGAUGACGUCGAAAAACUCUUAGAAUUCCAAAUAGAGCAAAUGCAAAAAUACGGCAACCGAAUACCCCUAGAGAUACAGCACCAAUUCCACGAUCUACUGAAUGAUAGCUUUAUGAUACCAAGUCUAUCGCACUACCUAAGCUAUCUAGAUGCCUGGAGAGCAGGGGACUAUUCUACCUCCUUCGACUAUCUACAUCGAUACUUCGACUAUACCAUGCAGAACAGGGACAGAUCUUUUUACCAAUAUGCCCUCAUGAAUUUGGCAGUAUUACAAGCCGAUUUCGGAUGCUACAAGGAAGCAAUUGCUGCGAUGCUGGAGACUGUCUCCACUGCGAGAGAGAACCGAGAUAUGACAUGUCUAAAUUUUGCUCUUAACUGGCUCUUCCACUUUGGUCGAGCUCAUCCCGAAGUGACCAAGGAGCUUGAAUCCAAUAGCAUGUUGGGUACAGGCAAAGAAUCCUUAGCAUUCCUUAGAAGCAGAGCAAAAGAGACCGGCAUGUGGCCAUUAUGGAGUUCUGCACUGAUGAGUGAGGCGAAAAUGAGUCUCUCAAAUGGUGAAAGCGUAGCUACAGCCAUUGAACAUCUUGUCAGAAGUUCCCAGAUCCUGGUCGAACGGAACAUGAAGAAUAUGGUCGGUUCUCAGUUAUCUAUCAACAUAGCCUUAUGGGAUAGGUUAGGAAUCGCUUAUUUAUCGGCUACUACCUGCGGAGUAUUCCUUCGAUGUCAUGCUCGUAAUACGAUAUUUGACGACGAAUUGAAAGUGACUACUCGCCAAGCCUCGAUGCUAACCCUUAAAGGGAAGUAUGAUGAGGCUCUUGGAAUACUGGAAGGUAUGGAUGCCAAUUCACUCCGAGCUUGGAAGCCGAGCCAAUACUGGCAUAAGUUUCGGGGUAUAAUCAAGCUGAGAAGGGAUCUGCAUCGGAAUAAUCUCGACGGGGCAGAAUUACUACUUUCGCAGCUCCUUCAAUCGAAAGAUGAAGACUUGGAACCAGAUCUCGUCUUUGCGAUCGACAAUCUUCACGUUGAAUGCCUUAUUCGUAGAGGAAAUCUCGACCAGGCUUUUACUAAGGUGGAAAAAAUGGUAUCGGAGCUCCGAGACGAAAACAAGGAUAUCGCAUUGCGAGUUCGGCUCUUGCUUCUUAAGGCUGAGCUUCUCGACAAGUGUGGUCGACCACAGAAGGGAUUUACUAUUGCCGUGCGAGCGGCGAACGUGGCUUGGCGCGCCCGUCUCAUUCCUUAUCUAUGGCCAGCAAUUGGAGCGAUCGCGAACAUCUUAACAUCACUCGGCGAUUUUGAGCCAGCUAUUCAAUUGCUAAACGCAGUAUUACCACGCAGUCUAGAAUGCGAAAAUUCGGAGGUGACGGCGAAGUUGUAUUCGUAUCUAGGCGAUGCAAACAUGGGUAUGGCAGGCAAGAUGCCACCAAAAUCCAACAAAAGGAGAGAAUUCAUGACGAAAGCGUUAGAAGCGAUCGAGAAAGCUUUUAACCACUAUUCAAGCAUUGAGGAUAUCAAUAAGCAAUGUGAGAUGAUGGCCAAGAAGGCUACGAUUAUGAAGGUAUCAGGGGAUAACGUGCUUGCAAACGACUACGCGGCGGCUUAUGUGGCUAUACGCAAAGAUGCUGCACAGAUGAAGAUAUGAGAGAAGAAUUAGGCUAGGUAUUUCGAUAUAAUUGAUGACAUUACUGAUGAACUACCUUGCAACGUGGUGCGUGAACAGCUCGGCCGUCCCAUUCCUCAACACUUAUCUCGUUACCAAGCUCCUAAUAUUAAUAGCACCCCCAAUCCUCUUCUUCUCUUCCCU